UACUUCCUGAGCCCACACGUCACCAGUGGCGUUGUAUAAAACGCUCACCUGCCUGCAGAACUUUGUCACUUGAGGCACAACCCACUGAAGACAGUCAAUAUGAAAGUCAAGGACAUGACCUUCAAGGAGGGGCAGGAGUUCAAGGUCCGCAUCAAGCCUGAUAGUGACUGCAACAGCUUUGCUAUCAACAUUGGGCACGAUGCUGAGAACAUUGCGAUGCACUUCAACCCUCGCUUCGACUCCAACAGCAUCGUCUGCAACCACUUGUCUGGCGGGUCCUGGGGUGACGAGCAAAAAGAGGGAUAUUUACCGUUUUCUCGAGGGGAAGAAUGCAAGUUCUACAUCAACUUCAACAUGGAGCAGUUUUACAUCAAACUUCCUGAUGGCAGCAUGAUGAACUUCCCCAACCGCCUGGGAGACGUCAAGUACAAGUACUUUGACGUCAGCGGUGACGCAAGAAUUGUGGGAAUCAAGGUCAAAUAAAGGCGAUGAAAUCCCUGAGUGGAAGCCCUUUGCUUGUUGCUGAAUUAGUUGUGUUUACUGAUUCCAGAUCUGAUCAUGUUUGUCAUAAUGGUGUCGUCAUAAACCGUCUCAGUACACUGACUGUAGUAUGAUGUAAACCCUUAAGAGGGAGCCAAAACCUAUUUUACAUCACUGCCCUCCCUGCUUUGCAGCUCAUCAGUAACUGUCAAUAAAAACUGAAAAAAAGAA